GUAUUUAACCUUGAUCUGUUUCUCAAACCGAGCCUUGGUGGGUACUUUCAUUUGAGGAAAUCAGGGCUGGAAAGUCCUUGAAUUUGUUGUUAAAGACCGUGUGGCGAUGACAUAAUAUUGAACAUAUUGAGAUGUUUUCUUGUUUUUUCAGGGGCACCAAUUUAAAAAAAAAAAAAAAAUCACUUAGAAAAUGGGGGCGCGGCAGCUGAAGAGAGAUGUUGAGGCGCUCAUUGGAGAUUACAUCGGGCAGAAACUCAGAGAAAACGCUUUUGAUCCAAAGGGGAAGGGGACGUCCACCAUGCUGGAUGACCUGGCUCACUAUGAUCUGGCCAUCAGCGUUGCCCUGUGGUGGUUGGACAGAGAGGAGGGACGGGACGUCCUCGACAGAGACAUCAUCGGAGCAACAAGCGGUGCAGGAGGUGCCCAGUACCCGAAUCGCUUAGAGCGGGAGGCCAUGAUCCUCUCGUCCUUCGCUGGAAUAAUCAUGGUGAGUGUUGUGUGCUGA